AUCACUUCGUGAACUAGAGACACAGCAAACGAGAAUCAUCUUGAAGGAGACCUGGCAAGCAACCCUGGGCCCUGGGCCCAGUCGAAGCCUGUAUGUCCUUCCGGAAAAACCUCGGCACUGCACGACUAGAUCCCGUAGAAGAUGUUGGAUAUUCUUCGGGACGAGCCCCUUAGCCUCCAGUGGCGUGUUAGGCCGAUGGUCGCGCCGUCCAGAUCAAGCGCCGGCUAUCCCAUCUUGAUUCGUGACCAUCUCCAACCUGAAAUCACAUAAAGAUACCAGGUCCCUACAGAGAAGAAAGAAAACAUCAGAAAGCACAGCAGAAUAUUGCAGCCAUGGCAGGCCCUACGGAUUUGUCCGAACUUCCCUCCGACGACGUGCGUUGGUACAAACGGCCAUACCUUCUGAAGCUGAACUUCGUGAUACUCUCACUCAUGCUGUUCUCAUCAACCGGCGGUUACGAUGGGUCCGUGAUGGGUAGUCUGCUGGCCUUGAAAACCUGGUAUGGUUUCAUGGGUGAACCGGCAGGCGCGUACUUGGGCUGGAUCAAUGCUUGCUACAUCCUGGCCAGCGGGAUCGCCUUCCCCAUCGGUGCCUGGAUGUCAGAGAAAUACGGUCGCAAAUCGCCUGUCUGGCUCGGUUACAUGCUCCUCAUACCUGGUGUCAUCAUGCAGGCUACCGCACAGUCGGAGAGGGUCUACACAUACGCUCGAAUGCUUCUUGGGACAGGCGGCGCUUUCUUCAUGGUCGCCACACCUGUUCUGAUCAACGAGAUCGCCCUUCCGAAGCACCGAUCAAUCGCUAGUGCACUGUUCAUGUGCGGCUACUACGUCGGCGGCACAAUGAGCAGCUGGGUUGUCUACGGAACUCGGGUCAUAGAUGACAACUGGUCAUGGCGAAUCCCAACCUUGCUCCAGCUUGUCUGCCCUGCGCUCGCUUUCGUCGGCUUCUACAUGGCGCCAGAAAGUCCCCGUUGGUUGAUCAGCGUAGGUCGACUAAGCGAUGCCCGCCGCAUGCUAGCAACAUGGCACGCUGGUGGUGAUGAAAAUGCCGCGCUGGUAGAGUAUCAGAUGAUCGAAAUCGAGACAGCCAUCGCCGUGGAAAAAGAGAGCAGUGCCAAUGUGUCGUACACCGACAUGUUCAAGACCCCUGGAAAUCGCCAUCGCUUGUUUAUCACAGUGACGCUGGGUAUCUUCUCGCAGUGGGCGGGAAACGGUGUGGUAUCAUACUAUCUACCACUAAUGCUGAAUACAGUUGGCAUUACAGCAGUUUCACAUCAAACGCUUAUAUCGGCCUGCCUGAACGUCUGGAAUCUCCUCUUUGCACUCGCAGCAUCUCUGAACGUGGAUCGCCUGGGCCGUCGAUUCUUGUUCCUUCUAUCUGCCACUACCAUGCUGGUCAGCUUUAUUAUUAUCACUGGCUUGAGUGGCUCCUUCGCGAGCAGCCUCUCACCCAGCGUCGGAGUUUCCGUCAUUCCGUUCAUCUUCAUCUUCUUUGCUGGCUAUGAUGUCGCGCUAACACCAUUUCUCUCCGCCUAUCCCUGCGAAAUCUGGCAAUUUUCGCUGCGAUCGCGCGGCCUCACAGUUGGUUGGGUCUCUGCCUUCUGUGCCCUAUUCUUCAACAUCUUUGUCAAUGCCAUCGCCCUUGAUGCUAUAGGGUGGAAGUACUACUUCUUUUUCAUAGCUGUCUUGGUCGUUAUGCUUAUCACUGUGUACCUUACAUACCCAGAGACUCGCGGCCACACGCUUGAGCAAAUGGCGGUCAUUUUCGAUAAAGAUGCCGCAGCGAUGCCGCCGCCCUCGCAGGUUCUGGAGAAAGCAGAGAUAUUGAGGAGUGAGUCAGUUGCAGAGAGCAAGCCUCAGAAGAGCAAUGCUACGAUCAAGACAGAGACGGUGUAACCUUACUCAUACGCCUCAGUAGCCUAGAAGUAUGACUAGAUGAGAACCAGCGGUGUAUCAACUUAGACUAACUCAAUUUUAUCGAUCUUUGAACCUACACAUCGUUCCCGAUAUUUGCAGUAGCACCUUUGAGAUAUGGUAAAUUG